AUGGAUGCGACUUUCAAGCGGAAGCAAGUGGGCAAAACUAGCUGCACUCUCAUUUGCAGCACAAUCAUCAAUGUACUGGCCCUAUUGAUCAUCUCACCCCUUUCGGCGGCUCUGCUUGCUUCCGACGAAGUCUUGGUGCCGCGCGAACUUGAUUUCACAGGACUCACACCACGGACUAGCGCUCAGCUACUUAGUAAUGCCACCCGGGAGACCUAUUUCCGUACAAUGGCUGCAUUGACACGCAAUAUAUCUACGUCUGUGUGGAAUUCGGAUAGCCUCAUAACUUUUCCAGUGUGGCCAUCUUCCGAGGCCAUGCAAAUUGGACCAAAGCUCGUGUCAUCGCAAGGUUCUUGGCAAGCAGAAACGUUGACUAUGUAUCAUGAGUAUGCCUGUGAGGACAUGACUUUGGUGAGCGCAGAACUCGAGAACAAAACUUAUUCUGCCCUGGAUUGGCAUCACAGCUACCCUUUCAACGGCACCCAGCCGAUGGUGUCGUACAAAUUGGCAUCACGAGAUGGCUGUAAAUAUGAGCUUGACGUCCAUCCAACCGUCGACUUUGCAUACUCUGGCGGGGUGAGGUGGUCGAAGGCCACCGAGUACCUAUCUGAUGGUGGUAUGCUUAACAUUGAUCAAAGAGCCUUCGAGGCCACUGUUUCGCCACAAAGUCCUUAUACCCGAAUCAAAACUUCUCCUCAGUGUAAAGAUCGAGAUAGUAUCCUUAUUGCUACCCCAUGGACAUCACCGCUCAAACUCCCACCGUGGGAGACUCUCCUUGCAAACCGGACUUACCCGAAAUCAAACCAAUUUCGCAUACGAGGGCUGCUCUGUAAUUCCUCCUACACCAUGCGAAGACACACCCCUACAGUGUCCAUAACUCAAGGAGAUGCCACUUCGCUCGAAUUCGACGCAGAGGACAGCCGAGUCUCCGAAACGAUACCUCAAUCACUUGUAAAUUCAACUUUAUUCCAAGAUAUAACCUUUGGGUGGGAUCAGUGGAAACUUUAUAUCGUCGGAGGUAACCCCAAUUUCGAUGCUGCACUGGUACCAGAAUCACAGUUGGAACAAAGCGGCGAGCAAGUAACAAGGGAUCAAUCGCCAACCUUCGUUGGACUCGGACUUGUUCUGGGCACACUAUCGUCAUGGAAUAUUACUGAUAUGUUGAAUGAUCCUAAUCUUGGCGAACGCGCAGCUAGGAUCAAGGGUCGCUUCUUUACGGAGAACGUACUGGACUCGUUCACUAAAGAUACCCUAGUGCAAAGGCAGGCUGUUCAAGGAAAGACAACAUCCGUCGAAACCCGGAUUGUUGUACUGCAACAAAUAGGAAUCACCCUGGCAACCUUAUUUUUCGUCUCUUUCGCUCUGUUCUUGGCAGUGCUCUGGUCCUCACGACUUGCUCGACGACCUCUCAAUCUUCCAUCCGAUCCCGCUAGCACCAUUGGGUUGAGUAUCUUAUUGGACCCUCGUUCAACAUCAUUGGAUAUGAUCAAACGCGCGCAUGGCGAAUCGAAACAUGGAUUCCAUUCUGUGGUCCGCCAAGAAUCUUUCUUUACGUCUUUCUCAACACUCUAUCGGGGCUCUAAUCUAACUGCAUCUCCUGCUGGAAUCUUCCUCGGAAUGAUUCUCACCGCGUUGCUCCUCAUGAAUUCCUUUUCGGUUAAGUCGGAGUUGUACCAAAAAGCAUUUACGUACGAGACCGACCUUUCCCGAUUUGGCCUCAGCAUCUCUUCAUUCGCUCCGAUCUCUAUUGCGCCUACAGUCAUCAGCAUAGUCAUCACCCUGUGGUGGGACCAGCUAGAUAUGACGUUCCGGGUUCUCCAACCUUAUAUUGCAAUGUCUCGGGCACCUACAUCUAUGAAAUCAGGAGCAGGAUUGACUUACCGAUCGAAAACAUGGAUGGGGGCUGCGAUGAAGGCAGCUAGGCAUCGACAUUGGGUGCUGUUCUUGGUCGCUCUGGGAAGUACCCUUUGCCAGGUUCUCACCGUGUCCAUGUCCGCGCUCUUCGAACGUAAAGCCACCAAUUCGCUGAGCUCGGUCACCCUUAACAGGACCCUACAAGUUCGGUUUGAGCCCGUGCUUGCUACGAUCGAUAUUGCUUCUCAAGAGACUCAAGAGAAUAUGGGUUUUACUUUCACACCCUCUGAUCAUGCGAACUUGGUGAUGAGUUCUGCCUAUUCAGGCAGCUCGUACAAUUGGCUCCACAGUGCUACCAUCCAGCUCUCACUUGGUGGACCUCAGCUAACCUGGACUCGGGAUGAAUGGAAUUUCAUCCCGGUAGACAUCUCUGCAGCAUCUCAAGCUGUUAAUGACAACUCCGCAAUCGUUAAUUCCACGGACAGUGAACGUGGUCUACUAACGAAUGUCACGCUACAAACUACGGCAAUGAGAGCUUGGCUCGACUGUCAUCAGAUCGAUGAAAUCGCCAAUAGAUCGACCUGGAUACGCAGUCUUACAGCAAAAGACCUGCCCCCCGACGUUGACCCCGGCGACUUCGAGAGCGGCUAUGCUUUCAAUCAUUUCGUGUUUGAGAACACGACUUCAUCCACUUCUAUACUUGGGAGCGAUAAGUUGGUACAAUGUUGUAUGAAUGGUACCGCUUCCAAUCCUCAGGACGCCGUGAUAGGCUAUUGGUCGCCUCUUCAGAAAUCGCUUCAUCCUGGCUUGCGCGAAACAAGCCCCGGCUGGGAGGCUCCAGGCUUCCCUUACCAGGACAGAACCUGGCCUUUGCCUUUCGUCACAAAAUGGAUCCUUGGCAAACCAAUCACUUUACGUAACUACGAUAGGGAUAUUCUACUCUACAAGGAUCCACCUGCUCUUCAAGCAGCACUUUGCCAGCCCAUAAUCGAUACCGCAGAAGCAACCGUCGUGCUCGACACAGAAUCGCAUACGGUACAUUCGUACGAAAUUUUACGGGAGCCUGAGACACUUAAAUCAGCUUGGUCCGACGUGUUUGUCAGACACGAUAUAUCGGAUUCUAGAAGCCACUAUAAUGCAAAUUAUACAGGGCCACUCAACAUAACGACAUCGUUCGGCGUUCUCUUCGCCGAUGCGAUGUUCGGUUCGGGCGCCAGUAGCAGUCUCCAGACUUAUCCUGUUGAAGACCUUAAUGACAACAAGUACAACAUUCGGGAGCCAACUCUCGGAUUGAAUAUGGACCUAAUGACAUAUUCCAUGUUCGCCAUCGCCGAUAAAGAUCCGCAAGUACUGCUCAAUUACACUGCGCUGACAACGUACGCCAAUCGCACAUUCCAGACAUUCUUCCAACACUUCGUAAACGAGAAAAUGACAUGGACAAAAGAAGGUUGGGCAUAUCAAAAGCUUGGAGACACAAGUCUUGAGGGCCUCGGACAAGCUGUUGAUGAGAAUGGGACUGCUAUCGCCGACCGCGUAUACAUCAGGCCUGAUACCAACCCGACAGUGACUGCAUCGGUUUCGAAGCGCAUCCAAACUCUCCACAUGAACUCGGUGGCCACAUACCUUUCUGCCGGUCUAAUAAUCUGGCUCAUCGCUACCACAGCUAUUGUUACUUUGCUACAGCGACGAUACACGGGCUUCAUGCUGCGCAAUGUCGAACUGAUCGCGGACGUGCUGAUGCUUGUUGCAGGAAGUGAGAACUUUCUGUCCUUGGUGCAGGAAAGAGGGCUGGACUUGAAACGAGAUACGGAGGUAAAGACGAUGCUAGGCUGGUUCAAGGAUCGCGAUGGCGAAGUCAGGUGGGGUAUUGAAGUAGUCGGGGGAAGAAAUCCAGUGGAAUGGGUUACUGCACCUCAAAAAGACUUUGGAUAG